ACCAACUCUAACAACUCCAACAAGUCCCAAGAGUCAUAAACGUGCAAAGUCUAGAUUAAUAGAAAAAUGAUUUCGAGUACAACGAAUUAUAAUGUGAGAGAACAAGAACCUGCUGCUGAAGACAUUCAAUUUCAUGGUAUGGAGCGUUUCUCUGCACUAAUUAUAUGUCAAAUGAACUAUCCAGUUGACCAAGGAAGCAACCCGCCAGACACUGUUAGUACAGAAGGCCACUCAUCAGAAACUUCUUAUAAAAGACUAAAGGAUUAUUUGAAAGGAAUGAAGCAGAAAGUAUCUACAUGUAUAAGAACCAUCAACAGUUUCGGAAGAUUCAUCAUGUUCCUUACCAUCUACUUGAUAGUGAUAAUAGGAACAUUUGGAUAUAAUACCAACAAGGUUUAUUGGCGCAAAAACAAUCUUAGUGAUUCGAUUGUGAAUACUACGUUUCAAGAUGGUACUGAAGAAAGAAACCUCAGAAACAUAUCUAUCAUUACUCAUUUCUGGGAGAUCGCAGAGACUGUAAUGAUCGACAGUAUUUACGGGAAAUCCGGAAACGAUGCACAUCAAACAUUUGUGUUGCAAGAUAAUAAGCUGAUUGGAUUAACACGCCUACGACAGAUUUGUACAUUUUCCUUUGUUACAUAAGAUUUUCAGUGAAAUAAAGUUAGCAAUCUAUUGAUAA